AAGAAAAUGUUAGGAUGCGUCCCAAAUGCCUAUAGGCCCUGAGCAAAAGUAGUGCGCUAAAUAGGGAAUAGAGUUCCAUUGGGAACUACACCCUGUCAGUGUGUUGUGAGGGCAUAUCUCUAUGCCUAACCAUGCUGCACCAUGCUUUACUAUUAGUCUCUACAUUAGCUGUGUCGUUUAGCUUCUUCCUUGUAUACAAAGUGGCAGUUCUAGAAGACGACAUCAACAAACUCAGAGGAGAUAUUUCAAACCUAAAGCCACAUUCUAAAGAAUCCCCAGACGGGAUGAUAACUGGUAUGUCCAGAACAUGGGGGAGAUCAAAGCAAGUGGCUUCCCUAAAUUCCCAGCAACAGAGACAGACGGAGAAAGACUCUCAGACUCUGUGUUCCUCGACAGCAUCCUCUCUGAGAAUGAAACGGGAGCAGGCCGGAUGUAGUGGAGGUACAGCAGUAGUUCAGCAGUCGUUUCUGCAGCUGUCAGCCAACACAAAGGAACAGCCAUUUGUCAGAGGAAAUGUGACGGUGAUUCCUUGGAUAGUUGCCUUGCAUCAAGGGGAGGCCAUCUCUUCCACUGGAGACAGAAUCAUCAUCCAACAAGAAGGCUUCUUCAUAGUGUUUGGCCAGGUGUUGUUCCAGAGUCCAGGCACCAUCAUGGGUCACAUAGUGCGUAGUCGAGGCACCGAUCAGAGAUCCACAGAGCUGCUCCGCUGUCUACAGGAGAUGCCCCAGACCAACUGUGCCAAUACCUGCCACACUGGAGGCAUGGUGAAGCUGGAGAGAGAAGACGAGCUGGAGCUGGUGAUCCCAGAUCGACCCCAAGCCCAGGUCUCCAUGGACGCAGACUCAACCUUCUUUGGCAUCAUACGGCUGAACUGACUACCAGGAGACAGAAGUCACCAGCAGGAGGUGUGGGACUUGAUGUCAGGAUGAUGUCCUUCCCUGACAGGAUGAUGUCCUCCACUGACAGGAUGAUGUCUCUAGUGGAUGUCCUCCUCUGACAGGAUGAUGUCCUCCCCUGACAGGAUGAUGUCCUCCUCUGACAGGAUGAUGUCCUCCUCUGACUGGAUGAUGUCCUCCUCUGACAGGAUGAUGUCCUCCUCUGACAGGAUGAUGUCCUCCUCUGACAGGAUGAUGUCUUAUUGUCGUACCAAAUCCACAGCUUUUGCACACAGCAGAGUAUCAUCCAUGGAGAAUAUCAUCCAUGGAGAAUAUCAUCCAUGGAGAAUAUCAUCCAUGGAGAAUAUCAUCCAUGGAGAAUACCAUCCAUGGAGAGUGGAAGAUGGCUGGGAGCAGAAAUGUUAUUUUUCUGAACUCCUUUUACCUGAUUAAUCUGACAAUAUGAAAUCGACCUUGAAUGCUGUUGUGCUGAGUACGGGUGGUGUCCAGCGAACGUUAAAGUUUGGUUUCCAAAUGUGUCAAUAGUUGAAGUGUAAUAAAGUAUUCAGGUUGUCCUCA